AUACACGUGAUCAAUCAUUUCAAGAUGGAGGUGUCGGUCCCAAUUUUUGCAUAAACAGGUUGGUUUUUGUGGAAUCAUGAGUAGGAAGCGUUCUCUGCUCCCAGAUGUGUACAGACACAGGAAGAAGGUCUGUCUGGCCCCCAAGAAUGGCACUACAUUGAACGUAGAAACUUCAUCCAGUUUGUGGAAUCAAGAACCACUAGAAAAUAAUGUGCCAAAUGACACCAAAGCCACCUUGCUGUACCUUAAGAACUUGUUUCCUGUUGAAAAGUUUGAAGGAAGGUUGCCACCUAUUAUUCUCAAACAUCAGUUGUAUAGUAUCUUGAAAAAUAGAACAGUGGUGGACAAGCAACUGGAAGAUCUUCGAUUAAGUGGAGAAAUCAGACUUUUCAGACUAGGUGGAGAGAUGGAGGAAUACUGUAUUGUUUUUACUGCAGACUACAAAUCACAUGUCCUAAAGACGACUGCUGAGAUUGCAGUGCACAGAGGACUCAUAAACAGAUUCCUGACUGAAAUAGCUUGUGGUUGCCCAGAUGUCAGUGUCAAUAAACAAACUAUGAUCAACCAGUACAGAUACACAGAUGAAGAAAUUACUCAACUGGUAAAGGCCAGUGUUCUCACAGUGAGGGACAUAGGAAGUUGGUGGGUCUCCAUUCCUGAUGCUGGACUGUUUAUGAAGAGCUUUACCAGAGGCAGAAAAGCUGUCCUAAUGAUGAUCACAAAGAGCAAAUAUAAAGAGACACUACAAAAUGACCUGGAAACCAGAAAGCUGCCAAAAGUUGCCAAACUAGGAAUGGCCUACCACAUUCAUGACAUUAUUGGAGCUGAUUUAGUAGAAUGCAUAUCUACAUCAUCAGGUCCACUUUUGAGAAAAUCAGCUUGUUAAAAGCAAUUUGCAGUAUAGUCUUGUUGCUUCUGUGAUACACGCAUGUUCAUCAUUGUUUCAAGAGGAAAAAGAAAGGGGAAAGAUGCAUGUAGCAAACCUGCCAUG